CGAUUUUUGCCUCAUGAUUUUCCCUCACGAUUUUCCCUCAUCAUUUUCCCCUCACCAUUCUCCUCUUAUGAUUUCCUCUCAAGAUCUGCCCCUCAUGAUUUCCCCCUCACGAUUUUCCCUCAUUAAUUUUCCCCUCACGAUCUCCCCUCACGAUUUUCCCCCUUAUGAUUUUCGCCUCACAAUUUUCCCUCCUUUCCCUCACCUUUCUCCCCGCUCCCUCCCAGCACGAGCUCUCUGCCAAGGCCGUGGCCGCUCUGUCCUCCCUGUAUGGCACCAGGUACACGUACGGGAGCAUCAUCACCACCAUCUACGAAGCGAGCGGAUCAACCGUCGACUGGACCUACAACCAGGGCAUCAAAUAUUCCUUCACCUUCGAGCUGCGGGACACGGGGCUUUACGGAUUCCUGCUUCCCGCCAAACAGAUCGUUCCGACGGCCGAGGAGACCUGGUUGGCCCUCAAGGUCAUCAUGGAGCACGCCCGGGACAACAUUUACUGAGCGGGAUCGGCAGCUGGAG